CGUCGGAGAUAGCGCCGAUUCAUCAUCUUCACCGUCGCUCAGCAAAUCCUGGGAAAGCGCUUCGCCCGAGCCGAGUCUUCGUAUUGAUGCGUCGCACUGUAUUGCUCACGACGACCGCGAUGACUCCCACGGCUAUUGCACGGCGUGCUACCGUCCAUCGGAGCAAGCUGCCCAUUUCCAGCGCUCGAAAAUUUGUCACUCCUCCAGAGCUAGCUCGACGAUGGCCAGGAGAAAGCGAGCCUGUCAAGGCGCUCGACGAGCAUAUUAGGCCCGGCAAGAACGAGAUUCUUCGCAAAGCAAUCUCGAAAAUCACCGCAUCGCUCAAGGGAGAGAAAAGCUCUGACGGAGCUGCGACAAGCCCAUCGUCAUUAGCUCGAGCGUCGAUGCGAGAGCAUAUCAAGCCUACUCGCCCAGCGGGAGUUGAUGGGCUUGGUCCGCGGGUCCCUCAAGCUGUCCGAAACGGCCACACGGCGAGUAAUCUGCAGCGCGAAAAGUCCCAAGAAAGCGUCUUGUCUUCCUUUGCCUCGCACUUUCGUUAUCUCAAUCCGUACGCUCCAAGCAACCAUACGCCCGGAAGAUUGGCACCAACUCGGUCGCAGCAUUCUGUCGCAAGCCGGAAGCAAGAUGGCGUCAAGAUCUCGGAAACGAGCAUGCCACACAGUCCCGUGUCCUCACAUCGAACGACUCGAGCUACGCAGAUCGAGCUUGGCAGUCUUGCUCAUCAUCGAGAGACAGCAGCGACUUCGACUUUGCAAAGUGGGACGGGAAAAGGCAAGCAGAAGAUGCACAAGGAUCUGAAGCUGGUCUCUCCUUCCUACACACAUCGCGAGAGACCAUCAAACGCCGAGCUAGCAGCUUCUCCAAUCGACGGCUUUGGUCAAAAUGGACGAUGGCACCACGAUCCGCAGCCGAGCUGGUAUGCAGAGCAAAAGUGGCACUUGUCUCACCAGACACGCAGCGUCGUCGAGGCGACAUCGCGCGUCAAGAACGACUUGAGCCUACUGGAGCGCGGUAAGAUGCCCGGGAAGCGAGCGCCUCCGAACUACCCAAAGCCAGGAUGGGAACACAAGGUCCAUGCUGUGGGAAGCACGUCUGCCCGAAACUCGGCCAACACAGCUGUCAAUCGAUCGCGCAACGCUUCGUCUCGCACUGCCUUGAGCGAGGUUCCGCCGAGCUCAGCGCCUUUGACAUCGGUCGUCAAGAAGCCGAUCCGCAUGCCUCGAACGGAGGCGUACGGCGCCUUUUAUUCAGGAAAUACUCGCAGGCUUCUUCGCAGAGACCUUGUGGCGCACGAACGGCAUCCUAUGCGCGGUCUUGGAAGCAGAGCCAUCGUACCCCUAUCUUCAGCGCUGCACCUUCAGGAAGACUUUAUUCCGAUAGAAGAUGUGCUGGUGGAGGAGUCGCCCGAGGGUAUCAAGGAGUCUUGCCAUGUCCCGCGCCCGAGUUCAUCCGAUUCUGGUUCGCAGUUCGGAAGGACUUUGACUCGUAUCAAGCGAAAAGUGAAGCGAGAGGAUGAGAAAGUGAAGCAGUCGAUGUGUCCAGAGGAGGUGAAGGGUCAAGAGGAAUCGUCGCGCACGUACAUGCACUCGGCUCCAGCACUGACAAGAAUACUGCGGAGAGCUCAACCACCGCCAAUCGAAGAAGGUGCGCAGGUUCAAGCUCGUAUAUUGAGCAGCAGCUUUGCAAAAGAGGUGUCAAAGAUUCAGUUCAGCUUUCCUGCCAAUCGCAUCGGUACCAGCGCUCGAUAUGCUGGAUACAAAGCAGGGGUGCAUCGAGCGACGCAAAUAUCCAGCCGCAUAGGUACGAGCCCAGAGGCGAUCAGGGGCCAUCGAUCGACGCUCGCGGGCAAAAAUGAUACUCAGAUCUUCGCUACGCCGUUUUCCUCUCAACUCAAGAGAAGCCAGACACGGCUUGCUCGAGCUCGCUCGCCCAUCAAGCAGGUCGUACCCUUGAUGAGCAUCAAAGAAAAGUCUCGUUGGCCGAUUGAGAGCAAAUCGAUCAAGCAAAAGCAGCAUGCGCAGCAGACGCCCACGACCGCCUCUGGCUCAGCGGAUGAAGCGUCGCUGUCCAGCCAGCCUCGGCGGCUUGUGCGAACGACGGCUGCGUUGGAGAAUGCGUCCAGUCAAGGCUACCAAGGACGACUGACGCGUCUAAAGUCGUCCAUGGCUGGCGUAGGUGAUGCGCUGGAGCAAGAGCAGGUGCUUGGAGCUGCCAAUAUCCUGACUCGAAUGAGCAGCGGUCAUUGAUGGUCUGUCUGCAUCGUCGGCACUUGCGAGGGGGGGAAUUGUGGGCAAAGCGAGGCGCGCGAAGUUCUUCUCUCGAACAAUGCUGUCGGCUCUAUUGCAGUUCGAGCGAUCGAACGCGAAUAUUCGAAAGCCCGAUCCCUUUUUGACCUGGGCGUCGCGUUAACGUCUGAGGUGAUGUGAGCACAAAUGAAGGCGCGAUGCGUAAAACUUCGUGGCGCAGGCGAGAUCUCCUCAUCGCGCAACUCUACGAUCGAAAUGGAGCAACACUGUGACAUGGCUUUUCUUCAUCCUCAUCCAGCGAUUUCAUUCACGCGCCAAGUGUUUGCGUGACCUGUUUGUGGCCACAAUUUUCCCGAAAUCGAGUCGCGAAAGAUCACAAGGAGUGGAGGGGCAUGGCAUGGCAU